CCACAUGUGUUUUUCAAUGACGAGCAUGUUAUCAAAUUAGUUAUAGUUUAUCACAUUAUCUGCAAAUUAUAAAAGCCACUAUUGCCAAUUUUGCGGAGAGUCAUUCAUAGACCGCUACGAAGAUGUGGCGGGGAACGUUUCUGUUUUUGUGUUUUGGAUUGGCAGUAGCCAUUGUUGGUGCCUCUCCAAAUGCCGAGAGUCUUGAAACAUUAUAUAAGACUGCCUUAAGUGGUAGCAGAAUAUCUGACAACGUUCAGGAAGAUGCCAGGCUGGACGUGCCGGAUCUGAUAAGGAAGUACAACUACCCAAUCGAAGUUCAUAACGUAACAACUGAGGAUGGUUACAUCUUGGAAAUACACCGUAUUCCUCAUGGUCGCGACAACAAUAACGAUCCUAACGUAAGGAGGCCCGUCGUAUUUUUGAUGCACGGCCUUCUCUGCUCGUCUGCCGAUUGGGUCCUUAUGGGUCCUGGAGAUGGAUUUGCCUACUUACUCGCCGAAGCUGGUUUCGACGUUUGGAUGGGCAACGGCCGUGGAAACUACUACUCUCGUCGACAUGUCACACUUAAUCCCAAUGCCAUCUUCAACACAAGAUUCUGGGAAUUCUCUUGGGAUGAAAUAGGCAACAUCGAUUUGCCCACAAUGAUUGACUAUGCACUCGAGACCACCGGCCGGGAUAGGCUCCAUUAUGUGGGGCACUCUCAAGGCACCACCUCUUUCUUCGUGAUGGGGUCUCUGCGUCCAGAAUAUAAUGACAAAAUUAUUUCUAUGCAUGCCUUCGCUCCUGUUGCAUACAUGGCUCACAACCGGAAUCCACUUUUGUUAGUUCUUGCGCCAUUUUCCAACAAUCUUGAGAGUCUGGGCGCUCUAAUUGGCCUUGGUGAAUUUUUACCCAACAGUAUCAUAUUGACAUGGGCUGGCCAAUCUUUCUGUUUAGAUGAAGUGGUUUUCCAACCCAUUUGUAGUAACAUUUUAUUCUUGAUUGGUGGAUGGAGCGAAUCCCAACAAAAUACGACUAUGCUCCCGGUGAAAUUCGGCCACACGCCUGCUGGAGUAUCUGUGAGACAGCUUGCCCACUACGGACAAGGAAUUGCUGAUAAAGGUUUCCGCCGCUACGAUCACGGAAGUCGCCGCGCUAACCGAAGAGCAUACGGAACCCGCAGACCCCCAGCGUACGACCUUUCUAAAGUCACAGCACCAGUUUUCUUGCAUUACGUUGAUAAAGAUCCUUUGGCUCAUGUGAACGACGUCGAUAGACUGUUCAGGGAACUUGGUAGACCCGUUGGCAAAUUCCGCGUUCCACUCAGGACGUUCAGUCAUUUAGACUUCUUAUGGGGCAUCGACGCUCAAGAGCUAGUAUAUGACAGGACUAUUAACCUUAUUAGAUCCUUGGAAACCAACGGACUGGAUGAGGAAAUACUGAAAAAUACUGAACAGUAAAUUGUAAAAGCUUUGAUAACAAGUAUUGUCCAUCAGACAACAUGUUGCUUAAUAAAAUAAAGAAUUAAAUAAAAA